AUCAAAUUAUUUGAGCGAAUGACGGUGGUAUUGGUAACCUAGUAACCAACAGUAAACAAAACAAGUACGCCUGGAAAUGUAGACAUGACUGCAUGUAGUCGCAGUGGGGCACGUUAAUUUAUUAGCCGUGCAGCUGGCAAAUUGAAUGCUGUCAGAGAAGAAGGAAUGCAGCAUUUCUGAUAAAGGUACUAGCAUGCCAACAUGCGUCGAUGCCGCUCCAUAUGGUAGACAACUCACGCGGAAACAGCUAGAUCGACAUAAACCGCCUACUUCCAUACUAUAUAGUAUGUAAAAAGCACUACUUCGCCUACUGUAUAGUAUGGAAGUAGGCGGUUUGGGACGCAGUUCUCGUCUUUUUUUUUUUAGUUCUCGUCUGUCAGGUGGGUUUUAGUUUCGCUACGUCACAAUGAAUUUGGCAAAUGCUUUCCAUCUUCCAUUAUUCGUAUUUAAUAUUUUUCGCACAUUUCAAAAACCACCUCAAACGAGUGUAAAUACCUUUUUUUGCGAAUUAAGGGAUUUUCAAUCGAAAUUUGGCGUUGCCAUUACUCGUUUUUGAUGCAAUAUUUCAAAAUAUGCAUACAAAAAAAGUCUGCUGUAGCUGGGUUUCCAUCCAAACGUAAAGCGAUUGUUUUCAAUAUUUGCAAAAAAAGAAAUAAAUGCGAAUUAGAUGCGUUUCCAUUAAGUUGUUUGAGCGAAAGACGGUGCUAUUGGUAACCUAGCAACGAACAGUAAACAAAACAAGAUACGCUUGAAAAAUGUAGACAUGACUGCAUAUAGGGGAAGUUAUUCAUUUAUUAGCAGUGCAGCUUGUAAUUGGCAAUCUGAAUGCUGUGAACAUAAGAAAGAAUGCAGCAUUUUUUAUAAAGGCACUAGCAGCAAAGACAUUACGACGACGUCGAGCCCCAUAUAUGGUAAAGACAACUACAGCGGAAAUAGACGGUCAGUCUCGUGGUUUUAAUUUUCGCUCCUACUGGAAUCAAUUCUUUAAAUGUGUUUCCAUCUCCAAUUAUUCGUAUUUGCUUAUUUACACAUAAAUCAAAUAACCCCAAGCGAGCAUAAACCUUUUUGGCAAUUAAUUUUUUUAUCGAAAUUUGGCGUUUUCAUCACUCGUUGUUGAUGCGAUACUUCAAAAUGCGCGUAAAAACAUGGUGAUGGAAACAUGGCUACUGUAGCUGGGUUUCCACCAUAGACAGUAAAAGAAAUGGACACAGCGACCCCAUUGGAUUCAACGGAGACAAGUGAAGUCAAUUAGAAGCACGCACUUCCUGGGUGUCGAGCGUACUGCGCAGACUCAAACUGAGCUCAAUGACGUGGAUGUCACGUGAGCAACCUGUCUGGCAAUUGUAAGUCUUCUAAUAGCCGUGCCACGGGAAAUCUGAAUCACCUACUGAAUCUUGCAGAGACGGCGAGCGUGAACAGGAGCACAUUUUGGUUAGUAUUCUGAUUAGUAAUCUCCCUUGACUUUAUGCCUUCACGUCCACCCGAUUGCCUCAUAGUCAGUAAAAGAUUGCCUGUGAGCGUCUCUCCCAGUCCAUACGGUAAUUUCUCUACUGUGCGACAGAAAGUCGCAGGUUAUGACGCAAUCGUUAGCCUAUUUUUACAAAAACUGCUUCUACUGGGACAUAACGUAAGAUACAUGGUAAUGGAGCCUUUUAUACAUUUUCGUGUUUCUUUAGAAAUAAUUAAUGGACAAAUGGAGUCUUUAAACGCCUCAGAUGUAAAGUUAUUCGCUGUCAAAGUGACGCCAAAAUGAAUGGGAGUCAAUGGGAUGCUAACAGCAGAUGGGUGUUCGCUAAGCAAUGGCGGCGUCCAGGGAAGCUUCAAUAAAAUAUGAAACCCUGCCCCCCUGGUUUCCACCCAAACGUGAAGCUAAUCUUUUCAAAAUUCUCAACAAAAAAGAAAAAAAAAUGCAAAUUAGGUGCGCUUCCAUCAAGUUGUUGGAGCGAACGACGGUGGUAUUGGUAACCUAGCAACCAACAGUAAACAAAACAAGGCAUGCUUAGGAAAUGUAGACAGAACUGCAUGUAUUCAGGAAAUGGGGCAAGUUAUUAAUUUAUUAGCCAUGCAGCUUGUAAUUGACAAACUAAAUGCUGUGCACAGAAGAAGGAAUGCAGCAUUUUUGAAGGAUGCACUAGCAGCAAGGACAUUGCGACGACGUCGAACCCCAAAUAUGAAAACUACAGCGGAAAUAGCUAUAGACGGUCAGUCACAUGGUUUUAAUUUUCGCUCCUUCUGGAAUUUAUUCUGCAAAUGUUUCCAUCUCCAAUUAUUCGCAUUUACUUAUUUUCACAUAAAUCAAAUAACCACCUCAAGCGAGGGUAAAAGAAAUUUUGGAAAUUUUUAAUCGAAAUUUGGCGUUUCCAUCAUUCGUUUUUGAUGCGAUAUUUAAAAAUGCGCAUCAUAGAUAUGAAUGCGCAUAAAAUCAUGGUGAUAGAUGCAUGGCUACUGUAGCUGGGUUUCCAUCCAAAAACCGAUCCAAACGUGUAGCAAAUCUUUUCAAAAUUCGCAAAAAAAAAAGAAAACCAAACAAAUAUAAAUUAGGUGCGCUUCCAUUAAGUUGUUUGAGCGAAUGACUUAAUUGGUAACCUAGUAACCAACAGUAAACAAAACAAGGCACGCUUGGAAAAUGGAAAGAGGACUGCAUGCAAUCACAAUGGGUUAUUAAAUAAUUUAGUUAUUAAUUUAUGAGCAGUGCAGCUUUUUAUUUCCAAACUAAAUGGUGUGCACAGAAGAAGCAAUGCAGCACUUUUGAUGAAGGCAGUAGCAGCAAGGACAUUGCGACGAUGUCGAGCUCCAUAGGGAAAAUAUUGAAAUAAAACUGCUUCAGUUUUUAUUUAUAAAAAUUUCAACCUGCUCAUUACAUCCCUGCUGAAAAAAACAAACAAAAGAAACAAUCAUCGCAAUUCUAGAAACUAUUUUAAUGGAAAUAUGUUGGGAUCUGGUCUGGCAGGUGAGAAUCACACCAUUUUAAUACUACUGGAAUGAGACUUAAACACAGCACAUGAAUCUGUAAUGGUUUUAUUAGCUGAUUGUUAUGCUAUUUUGCUUUUUGUAAUGGAAAACGAGAAUUUGUAUUGUUUUUUUAUCGGUUAUCUAAAUGUAAAGUGGCCUAAAUAUUUAUUGAGUGUUUGCUCAGCUAAGAGACAAUUCGUCCGUUUUUUAAUCCAGAACAUCACACCUCACCAGCAAUGUCAUCUUGAGUUGGUGGAAAAAGCCCCUCCUUUCGUUACCCAAACCUACAUAUAAACCAUCAAGUCUUCACUCAGCAUACACUCCACUCAAGAUAAGCAUUGUAUCCAUCGAUAAACUUACACUUUAUUUGUGAUGCGCCAAAUAGGCUCUCCAAACAUUUAGGAAAUGUCUUACUUGAGUUUAAACCUAAGCAACGCAAGCUUGGAGAUGGAAUCGACGGCCGAUGAACCACGCGACGAGCACCUGGCUAGUAUAGAAAUCGCGCUGCUCAGCGUCAUAUUUCUAUGCGCGCUCACGCUGAACUUCGGUCUGCUGCUUGCGCUCUGGAAGAGGAGGCGGCACGCGUCUCGAAUGCGCGUCUUUGUAACGCAUCUUUGUUUGGCCGACCUGGUGGUCGUCUUCUUUCAGGUCUGCUCCCAACUAAUGUGGAAGUUAACGGACCGUUUUCUCGGUCCCGACCUGCUAUGCCGCUCAGUCAAGUACUUUCAGGUCGUGGGCAUGUUCGCGUCCACGUACAUGAUAGUGGUGAUGACCGUGGACCGGUACCAGGCGGUGUGCAACCCAAUGGUGACUUUCCAGAGGAGACGAGCGCACUUGAACUUCCCCGUGUGCGUCGCGUGGGCCGUGUCUUUUAUGUUAAGCAUCCCGCAACUAUUUAUUUUCUCCCGGGUUCAGAUCGCACCGGGUGUCUACGACUGCUGGGCAGAGUUCAUUCAGCCAUGGGGACUCAAAGCUUACGUGACGUGGACGACGCUGGUCAUAUUUGUGCUGCCCAUAAUAACAGUCAUGGUGUGCCAGGUGCGCAUAUGCCGCGCGCUCCAGAUCAAUGUGCAUAUGAAGACCCAGCAGCAGGGCCAGCUUUCCUCCAGAACCAGCAACGUGCAUUCCGUGUCCAAGUCUCGAAUUAAGACGGUGAAGAUGACGGUGGUGAUCGUUAUGACUUACACCUUGUGCUGGGCACCGUUUUUUACGGUGCAGCUUUGGUCUGUGUGGGACGCGUGCGCUCCUACUGAAAGUAAGACAAAGUCUGUGGAUGGGACCUUUACUAUCCUCAUGUUACUUGCAAGCUUAAACAGCAUUGCCAAUCCAUGCAUCUACCUGAUUUUUACUGUGAAGUUCCCCAAAUUGUUGGGGAUUCUCCUGUGCAUGGAGCACACUGAUGUGAAGGAGUCGCUGCCUGACGAAACCACGGUGGUCAGCUCGCUGUACAGUGAAAAGAAACCUUGGAGUACCAUGUAAAUAUUGUAGUAAUAGAUCAAUAAUUUGGUUCCACUGUAUAUAGUAUGGUAUCGUAUCGCUAUAAUACUUGUAUGUAAAUAAAGGAAAUAUUAUAUUAAAACACGAAAUAACUUUGGAGGUUAAUGAUUAUUUUGUAAAUAUUAAUAUUAUAUUGUUUCAUCACAUCAUUGCUUUUAUCCCUCCUAAAGUCUAUGUUGUAUAGCUGUUUCUGGUCAUUUUUUCAAUUGAAACCAAGCAGAUGUGGUGUCCAUAUUACAAUAGAUGAUGUACAGUAAAUACUCAUUGAGAUACUGUAGUAAUGUCAGUCGUUAAUAUUGAGACAAAGUUAAAAUUACAGUAUUGAUGUGAA